AUGAGCGACGACUAUGCAAGAAACCUAAGCAGCCUUAACGAGCUGUUUCCAGACAUGGACAAAGAAGUUGUGGACAUGGUGCUUCGCGACAACGCCGGACUCAUCGAACCCAGUGUCACCAUAUUGCUUGGCAUGAACGACCCCUCAUACAAGCCCGAAGAACAGGAGGUUGACCGACAGAAUACUCUGCAAAGAGACGCUGAGCUGGCACGCAAUCUUGCGCAAAGAGACCUGGCUGCAUCCAAUUACCAGCACCAACAACAGCAACAGCAACAACAACAGCGGUAUCCUGGACCUCGGCAUUACGGCUCACCUCAUCCUCCAGUGCAACCACCAAACCAGCAACACACCAGCGCACAGCCUCAAAAAUCCGCAACAUGCUACGCUUCGGCAAGCGCUCCACGCCCGAAACAGCAUCACCAUCCCCAGCAGCAACAACAACAUUAG